AUGAAAUCGCUCGCUUUGAACCCUCUUGUGCUCGCCGUCUUGCUUGCUGCUGUGCAGGCGGCUGACUCCACAACGACAACCAAUACGGCCACCACUGGAACCACUGGAACCACUGGAACCACUGGAACCACUGGAACCACUGCAACCACAGCCACAACCGGCACGGUCACUACUGGAACUACAGCUACAACCGCUACAACCGGCACGGCCACUACGGGUACGGCCACUACGGGCACGGCCACUACGGGCACGGCCACAACCUCCACAGGCACACUGACGUCAAGCACCGUCGACACGGCAACCAUGAAUGCGUCUCAGUUGUCCGUGUACCUGGAGACGUACACCAUGAACAACGACCAGCUCAUCGCGUGGACCGCCACAAACACCUUGAGCCUGACGACCAGCAGCAGUGUUUCUGGAUCCACGUCGUUGUCGACGGCAACGGCGUCAGUCGCCGAGUCCUCGGGCUCGAGCACCGCCUCCAGCAGCACGACAAAAACAACCGCGCAGACCGACGCUGGCGCCAGCCAAACCGAAAAAACAACGUUGUCCUUCGUGACCACGUACAUCUGGCCCUCCACGAUAAGCUCCGCCGCGGCUUCCGGUUCGGCGGCGUCGGGCUCGGCAGACUCCGGUGCGCACAGGUCGCACCACAGUAGCUUCUAUGCGUGGGUCAGCGUUGUGCUCGCCCUUGUGUCCACUGCGGGAUUUGCCGGCUUGUAG